UGCCCAGGCCUCAACAUGACGCAAUUUCUAGGCGCCACCAGCUCUAUGGAGGCUUCUGCUUUGGAGGUGGCGCGGAUGCUCCUUUCCAGUGUAGCUGCUGCCGAAACUGAAACUACGUUACCCAGGAGCCUCCGUGGUGCCGGGCCAAUGAAUGCCUGGGAAAGUGGCGUUUCCGUUGGUGCGGGAGACGUCAGGGUGGGACUUCCGUUCCCUUCCAGAGCGGACAUUUUGUUUGCUUUUGGAUUAACCCACCAGGUUCCCACGAACUCAGAAGUAAUUAUGGACCCUGUGCAGGGGCAGGUGAACUUUGAGGACGUGGCCGUGUACUUCUCCCGGGAGGAGUGGGGGCUCCUUGAUGAGGCUCAGAGGCUCCUGUACCGUGAUGUGAUGCUGGAGAACUUGGCACUUACGGCCUCGCUGGGAUAUGAAUCUUCCAUGUCCCUCGGGGUUGCCUCACUGGAGCUGGGCGGCAAGCCCUGGGUAUCUGACUGGGCAGACGUUACUCCAGCCAGGACCAGAGAGGCUCAGGGUUCUUGGCAUGGAACGGAGGACGAGGAGACAGCUUUUGAGCAGAACAUUUCUGUGGGUGUGUCACAGGUCAGGACUCCCAAGGCAGGCCCUUCUACCCAGAAGGCCCACCCCUGUGAGACUUGUGGCCCACUCUUGAAAGACAUUUUGCACUUGGCUGAGCCCCAGGGAACACACCCUGGGCAGAAAUCAUACACAUGUGGGGCAUGUGGGAAACAGUUCUGGUUCAGUACAAACCUCCAGCACCAGAAGCAGCACAGUGGAGGGGAACCCUUCAGAGGGAACGAGGGCGGCACCUUGCUUGUGAACAGCUGCCCUGUCGAACCAUUGGAGAUGCCUUUUAUGACCGGGAAGGGUUAUAAGGACUUCCCAACUAGCUCAAGCAUUUUCCAGCACCGUGCCCCUCAUAGCAAUUGGAAGCCAAACAGUAACGCCAAAUGUGUGGAGGCCUUUCACAGUGGACAAAGGCAUUACGAGUGCAGCGAAUGUGGGAAGGUCUUCAGCCGCAAAGACUCACUUGUCCAGCAUCAGAGAGUCCACACUGGAGAAAGGCCUUAUGAGUGCAGCGAAUGUGGGAAAACCUUCAGCCGCAAACCCAUACUUGCUCAGCACCAGAGAAUUCACACUGGAGAAAUGCCAUAUGAGUGUGGCAUAUGUGGGAAAGUUUUCAAUCAUAGCUCCAACCUUAUUGUACACCAGAGAGUCCACACUGGAGCAAGGCCUUACAAGUGCAGCGAGUGUGGGAAAGCCUACAGCCACAAAUCCACACUUGUUCAGCAUGAGAGCAUACACACUGGAGAAAGGCCUUACGAGUGCAGCGAAUGUGGGAAAUACUUUGGUCACAAAUACAGACUCAUUAAACACUGGAGCGUCCAUACUGGGGCAAGGCCCUAUGAGUGCAUUGCCUGCGGGAAGUUCUUUAGCCAGAGCUCUGACCUUAUUGCGCACCAGAGAGUUCACAAUGGUGAAAAGCCCUAUGUGUGCAGCGACUGUGGAAAAGCCUUUAGCCACAAACAUGUACUUGUUCAGCAUCAUAGAAUUCACACUGGAGAAAGGCCAUAUAAGUGCAGUGAGUGCGGGAAGGCCUUCAGGCAAAGAGCUUCCCUCAUCCGACAUUGGAAAGUUCACACUGGAGAAAGGCCUUAGUAUAGUAGGGAGUAUACCGUUUCCUUGUGCAACAUAGCAACUGACACUAAAGAGAAGCUCUGAGUUUAGCCUUCCGUGAGUAGCCAUCAGCUGGAAGUUGAACCUCAUACGUUUAAACAUCUACCCUGGGGAGGUUGAGUCAGAAGCUUUCUGGUGCAGCAUUGUACUUUAUAACAUGCCCAGGACCUUUGCCAGAAUUCUGUGGCCACCAGUGUCUG